GCGCCUCGACACAUAGCGUUUUACAACAUCGUCGUGAAGUCGUCACGACAAGCGAGCACAUCGUCAACAAGAGGCGAACGUGUCGCCCCGAUGUCGCCAACACCCUGCUGCGGGACGGCUGACGUGCUUCCCAGCGUCGCAACCCUGCCUUGGGCGUUGGAGUAAACGGCGAGCGUGCCCCCCGUUUUUUACUCCACUGCACCUCGCCGUGGGCAGCGCGCAUAUAUAAGUCCAGCAGCACUCAUAAACUCAGCUUUACUUCUCUAAUUCACGCCAACGAGCGCCCACUGCACUUUUCUUUGCCAACCAGCCCAAUAAACACACAGCAACCAUGCAGCUCCUCGCCUUCGUCACCCUCGCCACCGUCGCCGCCGCGGUCCCCUUGAACGGCGCAUCGUCCUCGGGUGUCGUGAACGUCCCGUCCAGCGCCGCCGCAGUCGCCUCCUCGAGCGCUGCUGCUGCCGCUGUGUCCUCUGGAUCCGCCGCCGCCGUUCCCUCGUCGGCUGCCGCUGCCGCUGUGUCCUCGGGUGCCGCCGUGGCGCCUUCGAGCGCGGCUGCGUUCGCCUCGUCGAGCGCCGCCGCCGUCGAGAGCGCGUCCAGCGUCGCGCGCCGCCAGGCUGAGACGUCGUCCACCGCGGGCUUUGCGCCGGCGUCCUCGGGCUCCGUCCCCGCUGCCGCGGUGUCUUCUGGCGCCGCCAACGCCGUGUCGUCGAACGCGGCCGCUGCGUCGUCGGUGCCGCCCACCGCCGCCGCUGCCGUGUCCUCCAACGCGGCUGCCGCGUCUUCGCAGCCGCCCGCCGCUGCUGUCUCGGGCUCCUCUGCCCCGGCCGCUGCCGCCGCCGCGUCCUCGUCUGCGCCCGCCAAGCGCCAGGCUGAGUCGUCCGCUGCCGCUGCCGCGGUUUCCUCCGGCGCCGCGUUCGCGUCCUCCAGCGGCCCGGCUGCCGCUGCUGUCUCGUCGGGUGCCUCCCAGCCCGCGGCCGCGGUCUCUUCCUCUCAGGCUGCUGCGGUGUCUUCGCAGGCUGCUGUCGCCUCUUCGCAGGCCGCCGUCGCAUCGUCCUCCGCCCCCGCUAAGCGCCAGGCUGCGGCCUCGUCCGCGCCCGUGAGCUCCGGGGCGGCUGUCGCGUCCUCGUCUACCGCUGCCGCGGCGGUUUCCUCUGGCGCUGCUGCUGCUGUGUCUUCGGGCCAGGCUGGUGCCGUGUCCUCUGGCAACGCCGCCGCCGUGUCCUCCGGCGCUGCUGCCGCUGCCACUUCGUCGGGCGCGGCGUUCGCGCCGGCUUCUUCUGGCGCGGCGGCUGCCGUCUCUGCGUCGUCUGCCCCCGCGUUCGCGGCCUCUUCCUCCGUCCCGGCGGCGGCGGUCUCUUCUGCCUAAGCGCCAUUAAUGCAUCCAUCUUGAUCCAGAGUGGUGGCAUAGGCUUUCUACCUACCACCUGAGCGCGUCUUGACUGGCCUAGUCAGUCCCGAAGGCGACUAGAAUUUCGGACAACACAAAACGGACUACUACUAAUACCCACAUCCAUCCACUUACCCAACGUAGCAGCGACGUCUUACGAACUACCUAUUACAACCGUUCAU